AUGGCCCCUCACCCAACGGGCUUCGCGCCCGAUCUCGAGAAAUAUCUCAAGUCUCUCAAGGGCCAGCCAUUGGAGGCCUCGGUCGAGAGCCUCAUUUCACUCCUCAAGCGACGCCAGAUCAAGGGCUCAGAGCCUUGCGCCGUUGCAACCGCCCAUAUCCUUCUCCAGGUCGUCGCCCGCUCGAAAUGGUUCAACGUGGACGGUCUCAUCGAUAAUGUGUCGAGGAUCGGCCGCCGCCUCGUCGAGGCCCAGCCCAAGGAACUUGUCAUUGCCAACAUUGUGCGGCGAGUCCUAGGCCUUAUCCGCGACGAAGCCGCCGAGGAUAGAAACGAAGCAGCCUCCGAGACCCCCAGCGAGGCUCAGGCGACCCCGACCGACGCUGUCCCGAACCCAGACGCUCUGGCCCACCAGUGGCCUCCCUCGACAUACGCGAAGCAAGAUUCCGCCGGCGACUACAUCUCCAACAGCGCCAAGCCUCCGCCCCCUCGACCUGGACCCUUGUCCUCCUACAGCUCCGUCAACGUUCCCAAGACCCUUUUCCACCUUCUCUCAGUUUCGUCGCCUAGCGAUGCCGACCCUAAUAUCCAGGGAUCACCCCUGGGUCUCUCUGGAGCGUCGACACCCUCAUGGAAGGCUCCCACUGCCCAGAUUCACUCUUUGAGAUCCGAGGUCAUUGACGGUAUUGAGGAGAUUAAGGAUGAGAUCAGCCAAGUCGAUGACCAGAUUGCGGCUUUGGCCGAAGUUCAGAUUCACCCCGGAGACUACGUCCUCGUACACCAGCCUUCGCCAACUGUGGAACGCUUUAUCCUGCGCGCAGCUCUUAAGCGUCGGUUUACAGUCCUCAUUGCCACUGAGCCCCCCCGGAAAGAGACAUCUGAGGUCCAGCACGCUUCAUUUAGAAAGAAGCUCACAUCUGCCGGGAUUGCGGUCAUCAACAUCAUGAACGGAGGGCUUAUGGCGUACAUGUCACGGGUGGACAAGGUGAUUCUUGGUGCGAGGGCUGUUGUUGCCAACGGCGGUGUUGUCGCCGAUGCAGGCGCUGCAGCAGUCGCUCGAGCAGCCAAGGAGCAGGGCAACGCCGUGAUUGUUCUCAGCGGCGUGUACAAACUGAGCCCAGAGAACCCCUUCAACGAGGAGUCGUUGAUUGAGUGGGGAGACUCGGCCAGCUUUGUCAACUUUGCGGAUGGACCCAUGGUGAGCGGCGUUGAGGUUCGGACAGCGGUAACUGAGCUGGUGCCCCCCGAGCUCAUCGACACCUACAUCACCAACCUGGGCACACAUUCAAGAGACCACCUGUCGGUCCUCAUCGCGGACCAUUACAAGCAGGAGGAUGUCGACUUUCACCUGUGGAGCGGGUGA